AGUCUCUUUUCUCUCCCUACUCCUUUCUUUUAAGGGGUGGUAGCAUCUUCAGAUUCUUCAAGUCCGCUUAGCCGGCCGGCAUAUAGCCUGGGAUAAAUGAAUGCCAGAUUUCAAUAAUAGUGCAAACAUGAUGAAGUAUACAAUUCACACGAUCAUUUUACCUCACACAAAUGUGCAGCCAACUUUUGUGCAACAAAAAUUACCGUGGCCUCAACAACAUGCGCUACAACAAGCGAUAAUUAAUGCAAGACCAAAUGAAAAUGAAGCGGCGAAAUUUUUUCCUCUUCAUUUAUCACUUGAAGAUGAAAUUAAUAGAUUAUUAAUUUCUGAUGCUCGUGCGACAGCUAAUUGGGGUUCAGCAUGUAAACCCGAUGUGAUGGACGAAUUUAGAUCAAAUGGGAGGGAUUAUGAAUUCUUGUCUGACAAUGAAGAGGACACCCCGAAACCUUUGCCAAGGAGGCGAAAAAAUAAAAAACCACUUCCGACGGAAUGUGUUUUUUGCAAAAAUAACGGUGAACAACCGAUGUAUUACAAGAGUCAUAUUCUUAAAGAUGGCGAUGGCAAAGUCGUCUGUCCAAUUUUAAGAAGGUACCAAUGUCCCAUUUGUCAGGCACUUGGGGAUGAUUCACAUACACUCAAGUAUUGUCCUAAAAAUCCAAAACCUUCCGGAGUGCCAAUUGUUUCGGCAUUGAAAACGUUGCGAAACAGCAGCGGAAAGAAAGGCCGGUCGAAAUAAGAUUUCAACGACAUUCUUUUCUUCUCAAGUAUUAUUAAUUAUACGUUAAUUAUUAAUAGAAUUUAAGUUAAUGCAUUAUAAUCUUAAUUGGAAAAUUGUCUUACAAGUGUGCGCAAUAUUUUUCGAUUUUCAAAUGAAAUUUAGAAAUUUGAAAAAUAUUGGCAUUUAGUCGACUCGUAAACAAUUUUUUUUUAUUCUCCAAAAAUUAGAUUAAUUAAUGCAUUUAAUUAAUAUAUAAGUUGAGAAGUUAUUUAUCAAAAGAAAAAAAAUUUAUCAAGUUAUAUUCUCGAAUUGAGAUAAAAAAAAAUGUUGCACGGCUUGAUCAUGUGUUACGGAUUUUGAUAUAUUUUGAUAUAAUACGCCCAUUAUAUAUAUAUAUAUAUACAUAUAAAUUUGUCAAUUUUUUGAAUACCAAGUAUUCAAUCGUAAAAGAAAAAAAAAAUCAGUUAAAUUAAAAACAAAAUAAUUAAGUUUUUGAAUGUUCAAUUAUUUUUUGCAAUCGAAGUAUUUGAAAUUUUGAUUUUUGACGAUUUAAAAAAAAGAAAAACAAAUUUCAUGACAAUGAACAUUAACAAAUUUUAUUAAAAGAGAACAAUAAUCAAAUGGCACUGAAAUUUGACAAUAAUUCCUUGUAUAAUGUAAAAAUUAUUUAUAUUUUUAUUUGAUUACGAAACUUACUAAUAUUUCAAUUAUAAAAAAAGAGAAAUUACAUUUUCUAAAAAUGCUAAUUUUCUAAUUAAUUUUGAAAAUUUAUAUUUUGCAGGUUCAAAGUAUUAAAAAAGAAAUUUUUUUUCAAAUAAAUUAAAAACUAAUAAAAUUUUCUUUGUCAUAUAUUAACAAAGAAUAAAAAAAAUUACAAAUAAUUUCCCAUUAAAUAGCAAAUUUUCAUUCAAAGAUCAAAUCUUGAUUAAAAUUUAAAUACAUAGUGAAAUAAAUAGAUUUAAAAUAAUUUAUAAUUUUGAAAAUGAAAGUGCUUUUUGAUAUUUUUUAAUAUGCAUGAAUUUUCUGUUUUUUUUUCUUUUUAGUUAGAUGUCGAAAAAAUCUAUACUAAAAAGGUUCUUUUUUUUUUUUUACUUUAAUUAAUGUGUGAAAGAAGAUAUAUACUAAUUAAAUAAUAGAUCAUGUACUUAUUUCAUUAAGAAAUAAUAAUUAAAUUGUUUCUAAUUAUCCAUUUAAUCAUGAAAAAUUACAGAAAAAAAAAUUAAUAAUAAUUUAUAAAAUAGAAAAACGAUUUAAAACCCAUAACAAGAUAAAAUAUGAAAAUGUUUGUCAGUGACCAGUUUCAUAUUUCCAUUUUAUUUUAUUUCUCGGUUUCGAGACUUAUAGCAGAUAAAGAUUUAUGAUUCUCAAAAUGUCUUUAAAGACGAAUUUUCAGUACAUUGGAGGUCAUCCAAACAAUAUGUACUGUAGGUAGGACAGUUUAUUUACAUUUUAAACCAUAAAUGGGGUUCUGAUUUCUUUCCACGUAUUAGGAGCAUAUGCCUUUUUGACUUAUUUAAAAGUUUGACAUUUUUUUUUUGUUUUUUUAUUUCUCAAAAAUGUGUGAAGUUAAUUUUUUUUUUUUUUUUUUUUUU